AUGAGCAGUAAUGUUGUUCCAUUAAGUGGCUUCAAAACACCAUUUGUCACCUCAAGCAGAUGGUCAGAUAUCAAUUACACCGAGGGCCAUCUCCAUGAAGGUGCCAAUGCUACCCGGGCUCCCGGAAAUAAGUUUGCUGAGGCCACUGCCUAUGAAAUGUUUAAUAAGGAAUAUGAACCAUAUCCUGCUUGGGGACCUCCUAAUGAAGUCCCCAUAUCAAAGAAAGAUAUAGAGGCAAUUUUCAUAGAUCUUAUGGAAAUAUUUGGGUUCCAAGAAGAUAAUGUUAAGAACUCCUUUGAUUUGAUGAUGAGAUUGCUUGAUUCAAGAGCUUCUCGUAUGAGUCCAAGUCACGCCUUGAAACUGAUCCAUGCAGAUUAUGUAUCUGGAAUUAACGCCAACUUUAGAAAAUGGUAUUUUGGUGCCAUGCUUGAUGUUGAUGAUGACAUUGGGUUUGCUUCUUCUAAAUCUUGUAACACAACAUUAGAGGAACGAGAAGCUUAUUGGGUAAGUAACAUGACCAAUAUUGGUGUCCAUGAAUGCACUAAUCACAUAGCGUUGUAUAUUAUGUGUUGGGGAGAAGCUGCAAACAUAAGGUUCAUGCCUGAAUGUCUUUGUUUUAUAUUCAAAUGUUGCUGUGAUUCUUAUUACUUUAUUAAAGAGGAGGGUAUAUCAAAGCCCUUAAGUAAUAGUUUUCUUGAUCAUACUAUCAAACCUUUAUAUGAAUUCUACUAUAACCAAUGCUAUAUCACUGUGAAUGGGAUUCCUCAGAGAAAUAACAAAGAUCAUAAGGAUAUUAUUGGAUAUGACGAUAUGAAUCAAUUGUUCUGGUAUAGGAAAGGUUUAGAAAGAAUCUGUCUCAGCGAAAAUAAUACUAAACUUAUGAGUUUCCCCCCAAGAGAACGUUACUCAAAGUUGAAUAAAGUAGUAUGGAAGAAAGCUUUUAGAAAGACUUUUUAUGAAAAGAGAUCUUGGCUACAUGUUAUUUCCAAUUUUAACAGAAUAUGGAUAAUUCAUAUAUCCAUGUUUUGGUAUUAUACAAGUUUCAAUGCUCCGUCACUCUAUGCUAAAAAUUAUCGACAAGCGUUUAACAACAAACCCACAACAAAAGCAAUUCUCUCCAUUAUGUCUCUUGGUGGUGCUAUUGCUGCUGCUCUUACGUUGUUCUCUGUUAUUUGUGAACUCAUAUUUGUACCUAGGACUUGGCCUGGUGCAAAACCAGUUUUGAAGAGAAUUGUUUUCCUCUCAACAAUGUUAACUGCAAAUUCUCUACCCACUUGGUAUUUGCUUUCAGAAUCCGAUCAGCGGCAAACAGCAACGGAGUUAACCAUUGCAACUAUCGAAUUUGUCUUUUCCAUUAUUACAGUGGUAUAUUUAGUUAUUACACCCUCUGGACAGCUUUUCAAUUCUAAUAUCGUUGAUCACAGAAGAGAAACAUUUUCACAUAAAAGCUUUGUUUCAAACUUUUACAAGUUAAACGGUAGCAGCAGAUUAACAUCUGUUGGAAUGUGGUGCGGUGUUUUCUUUUCAAAGUUUGUUGAAUCCUAUUUCUUUUUAACUCUCUCCCUUAGAGAUCCAAUAAGGGAACUAGGGAUGAUCAAAAUCUCCAAGUGCACAGGUGAUUACCUAUUCGGAGCUAUUUUAUGUCAAUAUCAAGCAUGGAUAUUGCUAUUCCUAAUCUUAAUUACGGAUUUGGUGUUAUUCUUUCUCGACACAUAUCUUUGGUACAUUGUUUGGAACACAGUUUUCUCCGUUUGCAGAUCAUUCUAUAUUGGAGUGUCCAUUUGGACACCUUGGAGAAAUAUCUUCUCUGCUUUACCUAAACGUAUAUUUUCAAAGAUUAUUUGUGGGAACCUGAAGAGUAUUCGAGCAAAGGUAGCAGUUUCUCAGAUAUGGAAUUCAAUUGUCAUUGCAAUGUACCGUGAACAUUUGCUUUCUCUCGAGCACGUUCAAAAUUUGAUCUACAGAGAAAUAAGAAUCGAAGGGAGUGAGGACAAAGCAUUCUUGAAAGAACCCAACUUCUUUGUUUCUCAUGAAGAUCAAUCCUUGAGUUUUGGUUUGUUUACACAACCUUCUGAAGCACAACGUCGAAUCACGUUCUUUGCCCAAUCCUUAGCAACACCAAUGCCCAGUGUGACUUCCUCUAGUUCAACACCCACCUUUAGUGUAUUAAUUCCCCAUUACGGAGAAAAAAUUAUACUUGCUUUGAAGGAAAUCAUAAGAGAAGAAGAGAAAUACUCCAACAUCACCUUGUUAGAAUAUUUAAAGCUGUUACACCCCUUAGAGUGGUCCUGCUUCGUGAAAGAUACAAAGCUAUUAGCGGAAGAAUUCGCAACCGAUACUUCUUCCACAGGAAACUCAAUGGUUGAUAAUAAACAAGACUUACCUUACUAUUGCGUUGGAUAUAAAGUUGCUACCCCAGAAUAUAUUACUCGAACUAGAAUUUGGGCUUCCCUCAGAGCCCAAACUUUGUAUCGAACAGUUGCUGGGUUUAUGAACUAUUCUCGUGCAAUAAAGCUUCUUUAUGACGUUGAAAAUCCACAAUACGAAGAUGAAGAUGACGAAUAUAUACGUCUUGAGAAAGCUGCUGUAAUGGCUCUCAGAAAGUUCCGAAUCGUUAUAUCCAUGCAAAAUAUGAAACAUUUUGAUUCUAAUGAAAAUGAGAACAAAGAAUUCCUCCUAAGAGCAUACCCAGAGCUCCAGAUUUGUUAUUUAGAUCACGAUAUUGAUCCUCAGAGUAGUGAAUUGGUAUAUUAUAGUUCUUUGAUUGACGGAACAUGUCUGUUGUCUGAAACAGGAGAUCGAGACCCAAAAUACAAAAUCAGAUUGCCAGGAAAUCCAAUUCUUGGUGACGGUAAGUCUGACAACCAAAAUAUGGCUAUUAUCUAUACUCGAGGUGAAUAUCUUCAAUUAAUUGAUGCAAAUCAAGAUAAUUAUCUCGAAGAAUGUUUGAAAAUAAGAAGCGUUUUGAAUGAAUUUGAAGAAGUUCAACUACCCUUGGAUCCAAUUGGGCCAGAUAACAGUGGGACGGAUUAUUCUCACCCUGUUGCAAUUGUGGGCACCCGAGAAUAUAUAUUUUCAGAAAAUGUCGGUAUCUUAGGUGAUGUUGCAGCUGGGAAAGAGCAAACAUUUGGAACCCUUUUUGCCAGAACGUUAGCACACGUUGGUGGUAAACUACAUUAUGGUCAUCCCGACUUCUUAAACGUGAUCUUCAUGACCACAAGGGGUGGAUGUUCUAAAGCUCAAAAGGGAUUGCAUCUUAAUGAAGAUAUCUAUGCUGGAAUUAAUGCAAUAACUCGUGGAGGAAGAAUCAAACACUGCGAAUACAUGCAAUGCGGCAAGGGAAGAGAUUUAGGAUUUGGCUCAAUUUUAAACUUCUGUACCAAAAUAGGAGCGGGUAUGGGUGAACAGAUGCUAUCAAGAGAAUACUUCUACUUGAGCAGUGAAUUACCCCUUGACCGCUUUCUUUCGUUCUAUUAUGCACAUCCUGGAUUUCAUAUUAACAACUUAUUCAUCAUACUUUCUAUUAGUAUGCUUUUACUUGUGGGUGUCAAUUUAUCAGCUUUGGUUUCUGAGUCAGUUAUUUGUGAAUACGAUAGAUUCCGCCCAAUAACAGAUCCCCGAAAACCACCAGGCUGUUACAACCUCAUUCCAAUUGUUCAAUGGCUUGAACGGUCAAUUUACUCUAUUCUUAUUGUAUUCUCAAUUGCUUUUAUUCCACUUGCAGUUCAAGAGUUGACCGAAAGGGGAUUUUAUAAAGCCAUUUCAAGACUUGGGAAACAGUUUGCUUCAUUAUCACCGACAUUUGAAGUGUUUGUAUGUCGCAUAUAUGCACAAUCUCUUGCUGGAGAUAUUGCUUCAGGCGGAGCAAAAUAUAUUGCAACAGGACGUGGGUUUGCAACAGUAAGAGUACCAUUUUCUAUUUUAUACUCGAGGUAUGCAACCGAAAGUCUUUACUUUGGAGUAUUCUGCGGAGUACUAGUACUUUUUUGUUCAUUAGUAAUGUGGAAAUUACCAUUGAUAUACUUCUGGUCAACUGCUGCUGGAUUAUUGCUUUCACCUUUUAUCUUCAACCCCAAUCAGUAUUCCCCCAAUCAGUUUUUGAAAGAUUACAAACACUUCCUAUUUUGGAUCUUUAGUGGGAACUCAAAAGCAAGACUUAACUCAUGGUCACAGUUUUCGAAAAUGAGACGAGCCAGACAAGUUGGAGUAAAGAGAAGAACUGCCAAUAUUGAUUUAGAUAUGGCCCACAAUGUUAGGGUUUCUAGAAUGUUAGCAUUCAUUACCGAUGCAGCACUUCAAUCAAGUAUUAUAUUGGGUGUAGGAUGUGCUUACCUUUUUGCUAACUCACAGAAUGAAAUCAGAGGAGCUAUGCCUUCAAAUUCUGUCUUGAGAAUCUUGAUAGUCGCAUAUGGACCCAUUGCUGUCAAUGUUAUCAUAUUAUUGGUUUUCCAGAUCAUUUCAAUGAUAACUGGUCCAAUAAUAUCACUCAUAUUCCCAUGGUAUCCCUCUAUUAUUGCGUUCUUUUGCAGAAUCUUAGGGUUGUUGUCUCAUGUCAUUGGGUUUCAUCUCCUCUGUUAUUUGCAGAACUACGACUUCUCAACCACAAUCUUGGGUUUCUUGUUAGCAUGUUGUUUGGUGAAUCUAUUGUUCAUCUUCCUUAGAGUUUUGUUGAGUAAAGAAUUUAGUCACGAUUGCUCGAACAGAGCAUGGUGGUCUGGUAAAUGGCUUACUUCUGGUCUUGGGUGUCAUAUUAUUACUCAAAUACCUCGAGAGUUUCUUUGCAAAGUAAUGGAGAUGAGUGAGUUCUCGUUGGAUUUCACGUUGGGAAAUGCCCUAUUUUUCAUUCAGGUUCCUAUCAUUUUGAUUCCAUAUGUUGAUACCUGGCAUUCUCUCAUGUUAUUUUGGCUCCACCCUAAUCAACAACUAAGGCCUCCCAUAAUAGCCAAAAGGGAAAGACGCAAAGUGUUUUGGAACUUUGUCUUGUGUUCCACUUUAUUCUUGUUCAUGUUGUUGUUAUCAACGAGCAUAGUAACCUUUCCUUUGGUAUUGGAUAAGGCCCUUGAUUUUAGCUUUGAUGAAUACGCACCACCAUUUUUGAUGGAUUUGAUGCAACCAUAUUCGGCGAAGUUAGCAAGGAAAGGUUUGCAUGCCAACUUGGUCAAAACCUAUUACUAG